CCAGGGUGGGAGGCGCUGGCCUUCUUGUCUCUCAGUCUUUCCCCGCCAAGAAUUCUAUUAGACGCGCACCAUAGGUACCCCCACUUACACGCAUGCGCGUAUAAAUCCUCCAACCACACGUGGGCUCUACCAAGAUGGCUACUCAAACGAGUAAGAAGAGGAAGCUUCCUGAAGCAGGAGUUGGCCGAAGAUGGUACAGUGGAGUCGAGGUCCGAGUGACUCCCACCAGAACUGAGAUCAUCAUUCUGGCCACUCGCACACAAAACGUCCUCGGCGAGAAGGGCCGGAGGAUUAGGGAACUUACUGCCGUCGUUCAGAAACGCUUCAACUUUCCUGAAGGCACAGUUGAGUUGUAUGCAGAGAAGGUUGCAGCUCGUGGUUUGUGUGCCAUUGCUCAGUGCGAGUCACUUCGAUACAAGCUCAUUGGUGGACUAGCAGUGAGAAGAGCCUGUUAUGGAGUACUGCGAUUCAUCAUGGAGAGUGGUGCGAAGGGAUGCGAGGUGGUCGUGUCGGGCAAGCUGAGGGGUCAGAGGGCAAAGUCCAUGAAGUUUGUGGACGGACUGAUGAUACAUGCUGGCAACCCUACCAGAGACUACAUUGAUAGUGCCAUCACCCCACGUACACUUGAGACAAGGGUUAGUUUCUCCUCCAUUUACUUUGUUUACUCCUAUGCAGGUGUUCUAGGUAUCAAGGUGAAGAUCAUGCUGCCUCAUGAUCCCACGGGGAAGAGUGGUCCUAAGAAACCGCUCCCAGACAACGUGAGUGUGGUAGAGCCCAAGGAUGAGACACCAAUCAUGGAGCCAUACUCCGAGCAGAAAGGAGCCGCCAAGCCUUUUGAGCAGCAGCAACAGCAGCAGAUGAUGUGAAGGACGAGGGGGAGGGGCAUAGCUGACAUUGUUUGCAUUGUGAUUGUAUGAAGAAUUUGCUGUGUCGUAUAUUUGUCGUCAUUUCACUCUUAUUGGUGCUACUUUCCACCGGUUGUGGAAAAGGACUCCAAACUUUUAGGAUGCAGACUUUGACAAGGACGCACAGCAGAAUCCCGCCCAGGGCAUCUACGAGGUAGUGGUGAGUGGAGUAGUUGGCUGCUAGUGUGAUCCAGACCACAUGGAGAGCGGCAAAUUUCUUCCCAAACCAAGGAUUGUUUAGGAAUACUAUUGUUGGCCAGGCCACGUGGAGCGAAGGGAAGGCGCCAAACUUGAGCGGCGACUGUGAGUAAAUCCCGUGGAAUAUCGCAAAUCCGAGAAUUCUGUCGACUCGCUUGAAACCGGCCUCGUUUGAGUACUCAUAGAUCACCUUUCCGUGCUCGUCAAAGAUAGCGCUGUCCACAAACCACGGGGACGCUGUAGGAAACGUGAGCUGAAACAACACGGCCAGAAAGUUGAUCCACCCAGCACACCACAUGUAGGAGAAUAACCCUCCUCGUUUACCGGGGUGGAGUGCCAGGUAUGCUCCAAAUACGAAUGGGAGAGGGAAGUGAACGAGAUAGGGUAUCGCGGCGAGGACGUCGAAAAUGGGGUUAGCGAGCUGCGAGAGUAUUUUGUGGGGCUGACAGAAAAAUACAUGCUCUUCGAUGCUAGGUAGCACGGUGAAAGUUGGCGGAGAGACAGUGUCUAGGUGCGUGAUUUGACGAAGGGAGAUGUAGAAUUUGAAGAUGAGAAGAUACAAGAGGUAGGGGAGAGCGGCAAAGAGGAAAGCACCGAUGUGGCGUAGUCGGAUCUGCUUCAGUGCCAGUCUGUUGAAUCUGGCGAGUUCUCGAAGGUUAGACAGAGUUAGGUUAGUGAGCUGAGGCUGCCGCAGCUUGGACAUGACCAUCAUCUGCAAAAAAGAGAGAGGAAACGAUCUGAAGUUACAUCAACAGUAUCUACCUAGGUAUUGGAUGCGUUGUGAACGCC